AUGAACAACUACAAAGAAGCACUCAAAGAGCUACGGAAAGAACCACUUUCCAUACGUAACAGACUCUACCUGAUACUCCUAGACGCCGAGUACGUGUCACGUUUUUCAUCCAGUGGUCUUCCUAUCGUGGCCAACGAACGCUGUGGGUUAUGGUACGUCCAACCAGCUCUACUAGCUGAAUCUGCGUACUUCAAGUCUACAGAUGGCCAUACGAACCAAUGGAAGUUUUCGCUUCGACGUCUCAACUUCCAUCUUUUGCCGCUUCUUCAUACUCACGGUGGGCUUGUGUUGGUGGACUCUACGAGGAAAGGCAAGUUGAUGCCUGAUGCGUUGCUGAAGACAGUACCUAUAUGGUGUGCCGUGCUUAACUAUAUAAUGUUUGAAGGCCAGGAAACCGAUUGGGAUUUGCAGAGGGAGAACUGGCUUCGAACACCGCUAGAGAUGGUUCUGGAGAGCGAACAUAGCAGCAUGUGUAAGAUGGUGCCAGGAUUUGCAACCGAGCUUAAACGGCUUGGACUUAUUACGAAAGAGGAGUUGGUGAAACGGCUUGGUGCUCAGAAACCUUUGGUUCCGGUUUGGAGACACCCGGGCCAGAAAACUGUAGAUGUGCCUCGAUCACUGGACUAUUUUAUAGUGGUGUGUCUUACAGCACUGGCUGCGUCUAUGGAAAACUUAUCUGGAUGGCAUUACGUUCAAGGAGCUGCUGAUGACCAUGAGCUUUGGGCAACAAAAGAGAUUUGUGGCGGGAAACUUGAUGCUCUGGUGUUCUGGGAUGUUGUGCAAGAGACUAGUGAAGAUAAGAGCGUUGUUGAUUCCACAACCAGGAACCUCAAACAUUGGCUUUCCGAUGGAGAAUUAACCAGACGAAUUAAUAGCAUCUACGAAGAACGCAGUGCCAGCCAUCUGGGCGGGUCGGAUGCUACCGGUUUGGGCGAAACAGGUGUAUCUAUUGGCGUGAUUGACGAAAGCACAACCUAUGCUGAUUUGGAGCUGUACGAGGUUGUCAUUGUGCUUUCUAGUACCUUUAAAGUUGACGUUCCCCAGAAGAACACCACUGUGGUUCUUCAGUAUCCCAUUCCAGACGGAAAACCAGGCUCCAAAGAGCUCAGGACGCUUCUUCCCCAAAUUAUGACGUCCAUUGGUCACCACAAAACGGUAGCAGUACUCUGCAACUCAGGAAAAGAUAUUUCUGUUGGAGUAGCACUAUGCAUCUUGUGCCAGAGAUUCACCAUCGACUGGCAGCCUUCUACGGGCCACCUUGUGAAUAAAGACGUUGUCAAACAGCAUCUCGGGAAGAUUUCAGAUUUUCGUAAGGUCAACCCGAGCCGAAACACGCUCCAGAGCGUGAAUACCUUCCUUAUGGGCCGAUAA